GGAUUAUUUGUGUUUUGAUUUGAUUUUAUUUUCUUGUUCUGAUUAUAAACGAUAUAUAUCAAGAAUUUAUCAUCAAAAUUGAUCAAUAUCAUUUCGAUAAUGUAAUCAAUAUGUUUAAUCAUCCAAAAAAAUGAUCGUCUAAUAACAAGCUUUUAUUACGUAAUCACAUCGUAAUUGUGCCAAUUCGGUCAUCAUUCGCAUGGUUCAAAGGUGGUGAAAGUUAAAAGAAUUACCUAAUCAAUCACGUUUAUCAUCAUGAUGUAUGUGAUGAAAAUAUCAUUGAAGAAUAAUCGAUUCGAAUACAUGUGCCAAAAUCAUCUUUUCUUCGCCCGAAAGAAAAUACUCAUUCAUAAGUUUUCAAUACAAAAUUUGACUUUGAAGAAAGAUGAAAAUGUUUCUCAAUAAUGUUAACAUAUUUUUAUGUAGACAUUUAUUUCUAUUUGCAACAUUAUUAUUAUUAUUAGCUAUAAUCAUAUCGAAUAUGGAAUGUCGACGUAUGAUCGAUAAAGAAUGUCUUCAAUGUGAUAAGAAUGAGUCAUUUUCAUUUUUCUGGAAAAUUGAACGCUCAAAACCAUCACCACCAUCUUAUUUUUUCGGUACAAUACAUGCACCAUAUACAAAAGUAUGGAAUUAUGUACCAAGUAAAGCAAAAUCAGCAUUUCGUCAUAGCCAACAUAUUAUUUUCGAAUUAGAUCUAAUGAAUGCAGAAACAUUAUUAUCAUUAACACAAUGUCAACUAUUACCACCUGGCAUUCGUCUUAGUGAUAUAAUACCGAUUGAUCUUUAUCAUCGGUUACAACGACAUCUACGUUAUGUUAAAUUUAAAAUGUCUCAUUGGAUUACUCAGGAACAAAAAUCACGUGGCCUUAACUCCAAUACAUUAUAUACGGCCAUUACAUUGAAUUGGGAACGUAAACGUCCGAUAUGGGUGAUGAUCAUGUUAAAUUCAUUGACCGAAAAUGAUAUAAAAUCUAAAGGUAUAACCGUAUUGGAUUCAUUUUUCUAUCAAAAAGCAAAAAAAUUGAAAAAAUCUAUCGGAUCAGUGGAAAAUGCCAAAGAACAAUGUAAAACAUUAAAUUAUCUAAAUACAACACAGGUAUUAUAUGCAUUGAAUCAAACAUUAUUACAACAUGAACAUAUACGUCGUGGUUAUUUACGUUCAAAUCAUACAACCGAUGAUAUGAUACGUCAUUAUAAUUGUGGUAAUCUUAAUGAAGCACUUUUCAAUGAAGAUUCAGCAAAUAUUCCAAUACUUAAAAAUCGUUCAUCAUCAACAUUAUCAUCAUCGAUAUCAUCUGGCAAUAAUGAUGAAGACGAUGAUAAUGAAUCAUUUUCGAAAAAUAUUGAAAAUUAUUUCCGUUUCGAAAUCAUAUUGAAACGAAAUAAACGUAUGAGUCAACGUGUAUUAGAACUAUUGAAAUCAAAUCCAAAAGAAAGUUUCUUUUUUGUAUUUGGUGCCGGCCAUUUUCUUGGUAAUGAUUCAAUAAUCGAACUGAUGAAAGAUCAUAAUGGACUUGAAAUUGUACAUAUUAAUGAUGAUCGACAACAAAAACAAUCAUUGAUUUGUGAUCCUACCAUUACCACAACAAAAACAACAACAUCAAUAUCAUCUAAUGUUGAAUCAUCGUCUGGCCGCCGAACUAAAUUUAUGAAUAAUGGAGCGCAUGUUAUUAAUCAACAUGAUCAACAACAACAAUCCGAAGAGACAUUAAUCUAUCCUAUUUCAUCUGAAUCGAUACAUCGUUUACCAUCAUCAUGGUUCCAUCAUUAUCAUCAUCCACCGUUAUCGAAAACAACAAAUUGGAAAUCCAUAGAUCCUAUUAGAUCAUCAUACUUACCGGCAACUAAUGUGUUGUUUAAAGAUUCAAAUCAAAAGAUUCAAUGGCCGAUGAUGAAUAUGGUCAGUAGUAGCAGCAGCAGUAACAUCAAUUGGAAUAAAGAUUCGAAUCAAUAUCCAGCAUCAUAUAAUACUCACAAUGAUAAUAAUAAUAAUCAAGCAAUGUUGAUGACGAUGAUGAUGAUGAGACAAUCGAAUAAUCAGCUGCAUCCGCAACAGCAACAUUCAUUCGGUGAUAUUCGUUAUCCAAUUGCUGCUUCUGCUGCUAUUCCCAAAACCAACAACAAUGAUUUAUCAUCAUUAUUUUACAAUAAUAAUAAUAUUCAUCAUCAAUGGCCUAAUCAUAAUCAAAAUCAGACAAAUAUGAUGAUGGACAUAAUAUUACCAUCCACACGACAUCGAUUCGAUCACCAUCACCCUCAUCAUCAUCAUCAUCGAACCCGAUCAAAUAAUGAUUAUCAAUAUCAUCAAUUGAUUAAUAAUAAAUUGAUCAAUACAAAAUUAUUUGCCGGUUUAGUGGAAUCAAAUCUUGGUCAAGUUGAUAUACGUCCAGCAUCAUCAUCAUAUUCGAUCACCAAUAUAUCAUAUAAUGGUUGUCGUUGUUGUAUAUUGAUCAUUUUCAGCUAUCAUCCAAUAAUCUUCAUCACCAUUUUCAUUUCAAUACGAGCUUUAUCAAUCAUUUGAUCCAUUCUCUAUCAUAUAAUACUCCUAUUAUUUUUUUUUUUGUUUCCUGUUUAUCUUACGUUGUUGUUGUUAUGAAAUGGAUGCAAAAAAAAAACAAAAA